AUGGUUCGCAAAGACCCCAUCUUCGAAGCCCGCACAAAUGUCAAGCUCCACUCAAACCGCUUAAAAAAAGAAGCCAUCCGCGCCGAAUCAACCUACAAAUCCGAAAAAGCAAAAGCAGACAAAGCGAUGAAAAACCAUGAAUUCCAAAUCGCCCGAAUCCACGCCGCAUCAGCAAUCCGCGAAAAACGCCGUCAAGUAACACUAAAAUCCGAAGCGGCCCGCGCAGACGUAAUAAUCAACGAACUAAAAGCCGCCCAAAGCACGCGCGACACAUCACGCACGUUGGCGCUUGCAUCGCGUGGUCUGGACGCUGCGUCGCGCAGUGUUAACCUUGAACAGCUGGUCGGGCAUGCGAAUAAUUUCCUGGCGCGCAGUGAGGAUUUCAAGAUUGCUAGUUCUGCUAUUGAGGAUGUUGCGCAAGGUGUUAGUAUGCAGGAGUAUGGAGCUGAGGGGGAGACGGAGGUUGAUCGGCUUAUGGAGCAGCUUGCUGAUGAUGCUGGCGUUGAUAUGAGGCGGAAUCUUGAGGAGAGUCAGGUUCCUAAGGAGGAGGUGAAGGUUCCCGAGAGGCAGGGGGUUGAUGCUGAGGCGGAGGAUGGGCUUGGGGCGAGAUUGAGGGCUUUGAGAGCUGCUAAUUAA